AUGAACAGUUAUACUGAUAGUCCGGCUUAUCCUCCGGCUGAUUCCAGCUGCGAAAUCGUGUACGGUGGUCGCUCAUGGCCAGCCAAUUUCAGCCGCCAAUCGGCAUCCGUUCACUGCCAUUCCGCUUUCAGAAACCCUAGAUUUUCGGAGAAAAACUCGUACACCAAACCGAGAGUACCCUUAUCUGUCAACAGGUCGAAGCUCGACAUUCCUUUCAAGUCGGAGCUGUGCCGUCUUUUCCAAGCGGGCAAAUGUUACUAUGGCGAAAACUGUCAUUAUUCUCAUAGCAAAAGCGAAGUUAGGAGAAACCCAGAUCUUAGACCAGUUUCCAUGAAGGAGCAUUUGAAUGAGGACAGAAAACUGCAGGUGUGUUACUAUUUCUCGAAUGGGUUCCAUUGUCCUUACGGUGAGAGGUGUAAUUUUCUUCACGAGUGCAGACAGAAGAAAGUCAUGAGGGGCGAUGGCGUGAACAGAGAAGGAUGUGCCAUAAGUGUUCGGAGUGAAAGGUCUUGUAGAAAUUCAAGUAAUCAGUAUCCAUGGAGGAGCUUGAGCCCUGGUAGGAGAGAUUCUAAUGAUAAGUUUGACUUUAGAAAGACGAGGCUCUGUGGAAAGUGGAUGAUGUUUGGCAGUUGCCAUUAUGGUGUGAGAUGUACUUAUGCUCAUGGGACGGCAGAACUUCGAGAACUCGGGUUCUCUUCAGGACCCAAAGAUGCAGAACCAAGUGAAGUCAAAAGCAACAUUGCUCAAAAGCUUGAGUCAAAAGGCAGAAGCUAUUUCAACAAUUGGGACAUUGCGAAGAUCAGUCAAAUUUAUGCUGAUAAUUAG